AACUUCGUAGAGCAAGAGAAGAGCGUAAAGUGUUUAGUCAGGCCUCACAAGAGCAAAAAGAAAAAUCGAACCGGAAAGAUUUAGAUGAAUUUGUUAAAUCAGUAUUACAAGAUAAACCUGAUCAAGAAGAGUCUGAUACAAUCUCUGAAAAAACGCAUACACGUGCCUCUUCAAUUUCUGUAUCUACGCAUUUUGGUCACAAUUCCCCCUCAGUAUCAGUUCCUCAAAGUCCUCAGAUUACUACUCCCGCCAAUAGUCGGUUCAUUCCAGGAUUCACAACUUUUGAAGCAAUUAUUUUAGAUAUUGCGCCAAAA